AUGCCGAGAAAUGUGGCGCGCGAAAGUAUCAACGAGCUGUGGAAGAAGGUCUUUGUGACCAAUGACAUAGUCUACUCUGAAGACCCCGCGACUAUGAAAGAGGUAGAUAAUGAAGAUCUUUCUCGCCAUGGAAUCGCCCGUAUUCCUUUUGAGCUGGAAACUGCAGCAGUCGGGUUGAUGCCCAGCUUUCUCUUCAAGCCCCUGGAUCUUACCGAUGUCAGGGAGCAUCGGCCGUCGGAAGAGUCCCUUGAGGCAGCUCAAUUUAUUGACUACGCGACCCAUACCAACCCCGAGGUUCGGCGGGAUCAAGUUUGCGGAUCCGGGCUCGCGGCACAACUUGCGUAUAACCUGGUCACUCAGUGGGCUUUAUGUACAGCGGAGCAAGGACUUGUUGUUCCCGUCAAUGUCAGUAUUCCGAACCCGUUCUUUUACCUUUUCGAUGGCUUUUUCCGUUAUCCAUCUCGUCAAGGCUCUUCGACAGCAGCCAUGACCCUGGAACCCGCUUGGGAAAACAACCGACCAGUCUACCCUCAUGUCAUUAUAACAACGACACACAAUUUCUCCGGUAAUGAUGACUCUAUGCUAUGGGGUGAACUAGCGCCAUUGGUAGAAGCUGUUUACAGCCGCGCAAACCAGCCUCUAGUCACGGAUAUGGAGGAGAUGGAAAGACUGGACACUAAAGGCGCCCGGGACUUCCCCGGCAAACCCCGGGCCUUUGGAGGGGAAAAGAAGUUUCCAGACUUGAUGCUCUCCUUCUUGAAUAAUCAGCAUGGCAGAGUAUUCUACGCUCACAUGGAAGAAAGGCAGUUGAUGGUUUAUCAAUCGAGGCUGUAUAGCUUCCAAACACGUGAUGAUGCAACUGUGGAGUUGUUUGUUCAGUUUCUGUUGAGCUCGCCGUUGUCUGUGCCGGUUUCUUAG